CAAGAUAUUUCUAAGUUUCAAGUGAAAUAAUUAAUUUAUGAUAAAUUAAAUGAAGAAUUGAUUUUCUUUUGACCUGAAUUAUAAUUAUUUUGAUUUUAAAUCGUGUUUGCAUAUCGCUAACCGUCUGCCAUUGCUGGCUUGAAGGUUCCGCCACCAAGCCAUAAAAUAGAAUUAAAUAAAAUCCGCCAUUGUAGGGUCACAGCCGGUCUUCAGUGAGGCUCUCUCUGUUUCUAUUACUACUCUAUGACAUACAUAAAAACGCCUGUAUCCCAUAAGGGGUAGGCAGAGCGCAUGCAACUACUAAAGCGUCAGUGCCACUUUUGGCAAAUAAGGAGUUGAAAGAAAACGAAACUGUGAUAGUACAAAUUAAUUAUGCCUAUUAUGAACAUUACAUUUUAUAAUGAAAUGCCCUUUUAUUUAAAAAAUAAACUGGUCAAAUCACAACUUCAAAUAAACGAAGUUUGCCGCAUUAUUAUUUAGAAAUGUAACAUUUAAGUUAUUAAAAUAAUCUUUCAUUAGGUAUUUAAUACAUUAUUUGACGCUUGACAUUAUACCUACAGUGAUCUACUCAAGAUGUACAAAUUAGUUUUGUGAGAGAAAAGACGGUAGACGAUACCCGAUGUGAAGAGACUGACGAGUUUUAUGAAGCUACCCGACAUAAAUCAUCUUCAGUUUAAACACGGCGAAUAACGGUCACCCUGGCCGUGACUCGUGCCUGCAGGUUAUAGUGCAAUAACAUUUAUAAAACAAGAAUAAGAUAACCAAACAACAAGUGUUCAUAGAAGCUGUGUAAGGUGAUUUCACUGAAGUCGAAUAUGGAUAAAUACCAAGACAAAGAAAAUGUAAAAGCGAAAACAAGGAUUCCUUUACCAUUGCCACCCCUGCCAGCUCUGCCAAACCACUUGCUUAAAAAAAUAAGCGAGAGACCCCCAUUGAAUACAUUAGCUGGCCCUAAUGGACUCAGUCAAAAUGUGCCCUCUAGUUUGCUUUGCGUGGCUGGACCAAGCAAUGCAAAAAACAAAAGCAUCGUGGAUAGACUGAAAAGUCCUUUUCAAAUUGACACAAAAUUCGUAACAAUGCAACGGGGAUGUGAAUAUUUGGACUUUAAUUUUGUUGCUUACCAAGAUGAUAAGCGAAGAGUUUCAGAGCCAACUGUCAUUACUGUUAGCAGUGAUGAGGAAAAUGAAUCAAAUGAAAAGGAAAUAUAUUUCACUGAUAAAGACAGCCUUGCUAAUAAGAGGCGGAUGUCAGCAAGCACUCCGGCCCUUAACACAUUAGUUCCAGCCAGGGUGAAGAAUAUCAAGCGAAGCUUAAAGAGACCUCAUAGUAGGGAACUGCAAGGGUUAACGCCGCUGGAAAAUCGGGAAAAGGUGGAUGAUAGAGUGAAACGGAGACUGAAUUUCAAUCAGACAGUUAGAGAGAGGAUGCAGACACCUGAUUUAUCACUGAAAUCAUACAUGGCUAAUAUGGACAGAGAUUACGCAGGUGAAAUUCUAUCAUAUCUUCUACAAGCCGAGAGGAAAACAGCGGCGCUCCCGCGGGUGAAGAGUGAGACGAGAGCUGGCGUUAUCAUCUGGCUGAUGAAAAUAAAUGGCGUAGACGGCAACCCAGCCACCAUUCAAACUGCGGUGUGGUACCUGGACGCCGUGCUGGCCACCGGCAACGUGACGCUAGAGAAUAUGCAGCUAGUGGCCGCAGCAGCGUACUGGAUAGCGACCAAGCACCACGGCCCGCUGACUCCUGCGUCCAAGCUUGUCAAAUACGCCAACCAUGCCUUUACGCACCAGAGGCUGUUGGAAGCGGAGAAAGUAAUAUUGGCUAGAUUGAAAUUUCCUCUCCUACCAGUAGUGCCCCAAGACUACAUCUGGUACUUCGCGUGGAGGUGCAACCAUGAGCGGCCCGGCGAGAUCGAGGUGGCCACCACGUUCCUCUGCCUCUGCGGGCUGAUGGUGAACAAGAGCCUCUGCUCGGAGUACCCGUCCGUCGUGGCCGCAGCUUCCGUGAGGAAUGCACUGUUGUUGCUGAAGAAGAAGGAGCUGAUACCGAGACUACAGAAAUGUCCAGCAUACGUAGCAGCCAAAAAAAGGCCGCGAACUUAUCGCACAUAUGUGCCAUCCUCCGCCACGCGGUGCGCGUAGUGGGCGCAAAGAACUACAGCUACAAGUUCAUAUUCGAGCAGUACGGAAUGCCGCCCAAGUAUAUCGCGCAGACCAUCGUGAGCUCGGCCAACGAGCUCGCUGUCAUGGACACUUUGAAUACCGCUGUCAUAUUUUGAAGGGUUCACCGGGUGGGCCCUGUAACAAAAGCCAAAAAUUUUGCUGUAGGCUCCUUAAACUGACCAACAUUUGUUCAGCGACUUUCAAAAAUGUUGAAGUGUUAAUUUAUAUUAUUUUCAUACAAAAUAAAUAUUAUCUUCACGUAAUUACGCCAUUAUUGUUGUCAUUGUCGUUGUCUGUCACGCUUUAGACAAAAUUAGUAAUACAUUACCUCUUAGUAAAAACUUUCUUAAGGGUAAUAAAAUCAAAAUACACGUUAUUUUUAAAAGUCGCAGAACAAAUGUUGGUCUGUGGAGUAUACUAGUAGGCUACAGUUAUUUUUCUUGCUUUUGUUACAGGGCGCACUCUUGUGGAAUGAACUGCACUUGUAUUUAUGGUUAAAGAUUUACUUUUAUCCGUAACAUCGCUCACAUACAUAUUAAACAUGAAUGAUUAGACAUGUCUCUAAAUGGUUAUUCAAUUAAUGUUAAUUAGUUUGUUUUUAAUUAGUCAUUCUCGGUAGGUAGUAAUUUAAUUCAAACAUUUUGCUAAAUUAAUUAAUUCGUUGUUUGGUGAAAAAAUAUACUUAUUGUUUUUUCAUUGUUCAAAAUCAUUCUACACAACAUAUUUAAAAAUGAUGUAAUAUUUAAAUAUAAAACUCGUAAUGCAUAGAUCCGCAUAGUUACUAGUAUAGUUGUAAUUUUAUUAUAGGGUGUUUAAAUGUGACGUAAUUACGUAUUGCACAGUUGGACUUUGAUUGAUUAGCAACUAAUUAAUGACGUAUUAAAUUAGUUUAUUAUAUGUAUGAAAUUAAAUUAUAUAUGUGACUUUAUUUGUUAUUGUAUCUUGAAUAAUUGUUACAUUGCCGUUAAAGAGAUGCUCACAGUUGCUAGUUGUUUUGAAAAGUAGACAUUAAUAAUGAGCUUAAUUGUAAAUAUGUAUUAGCCUAAUCUGACUUUAAUAUUAACCAUACUUAACUUUCACAAAAAAAACUAUGCAUUUUAAUUCUAUGACUAAUCAUGAUAAAAUUUAUAAAACUCUGACAUUCUUAAUACACGACACUAGAUGUAACAUACUUAAUAGUAAUUGAUCAAACCGAUUUCAAUGUUUUUUAACUUUAAUUAAGAGGAUA